UCUAUGUCGGAAAUCAAAUGUCUCCUGAGGUUUCCCAACAGAAAUAACUGCCAAUUCCUAUCCUUCUUUCCAUUUCUGUCUUUCCUUUUUUCCCUUCCUCACAUUCAAAAAACUCUCCUCUGCCCACAGCCUAUUAAAACCAGAGAGCCAUAGGAGGAUCAGAGAUCUCGACGGAUGAAGAAGAUAACCCCAAGUAUCUCUAUAGACUUUCCAUCUGUUUCAUAUCUAACUUCCGAUAGUCCUCAAUUCCACGAUUAUUUUAUUUAAUUCUCAAAUGAAUGCAAGUGUCGGGAGGGAAAAAAAAACAUGAGCGGAUACGAUCGCGUCACCGGCCCUUCGGGGCGAGGAAAGCGCACGGCAUAUGCCAUCGGCGGGGUUGGCAUAGUAUUUGUCGUGGCCGUGGUGAUCGGCGUGGCCGUCAGUACCAGCAGCAGAAGCAGCAGCUCCAGCCAAUCCAAUGCUGGUACCAGCAGCGAUGUAUCUACCUCGAUGAAGGCUAUCCAAGCCAUAUGCCAACCCACUGAUUACCGGGAAGCCUGUGUGAGCAGCCUUUCAUCAGCGGGCGGGAACAACACCGACCCCAAAGACCUCAUCCAGACGGGCUUCCAAGUCGCGAUCAACCAAGUCAAGGCCGCAAUCCACAACUCCACUGUGGUGAAGGAUCUCGCGAAGGACCCGAGAUCCCAGGAGGCCUUGGAGACAUGCCAGCACCUCCUGGAGUACUCGAUCGACGACCUCCAGAGCUCCUUCGAGAGGCUGGGUGCAUUCGAUGUGAGCAAGCUCGACAUGUACAUGGCUGACCUGCAGGUCUGGCUCAGCGGAGCCAUCACAUUCCAGGAGAGCUGCCUGGACGGCUUUGAGAACACGACUGGCGCUGCGGCAAACAAGAUGAAGCAAAUCCUCCAGAGCUCCAGGGAGCUCACCAGCAACGGCCUCGCCAUGGUCACCGAGAUCUCCUCGCUGCUCAGCUCCUUCGACAUCCCGGGAGUGACCCGUCGCCUCCUGUCCGAGGAGCAGGACGGGUCCACUGAGUUCCCACCGUGGGUCAACGAGGGGCGACGCAAGCUCCUUGCGGCAGCAUCUGUGGACCUCAAGCCCGAUGUGGUUGUGGCCCAGGACGGGAGCGGCAAGUAUAAGACCAUCAGGGAGGCUCUGGUCGACGUUCCUAAGAACAACAACAAGACCUUCGUUAUAUACAUCAAGGAGGGAGUGUACAAAGAGAAAGUACUGGUAGACAAGAAGACGACCAAUGUCAUGAUGAUCGGUGAUGGCCCCACUAAGACGGUGAUCACUGGGAGCUUGAACUACGUCGAUGGAGUCCAAACCUGCAACACCGCAACAUUCACUGCCGUAGGAAGCAACUUCAUAGCCAAGGACAUCAAGUUCGAGAACUCAGCGGGCGCAGCGAAGCACCAGGCCGUGGCGCUACGCGUCCAGUCCGACAUGUCCGUGUUCUACAACUGCCACAUGGACGCCUUCCAGGACACGCUCUACACGCACGCCCAUCGCCAGUUCUACCGUGACUGCACCAUCUCCGGCACCAUUGACUUCAUCUUCGGGGAUGCGCCCACCGUCUUCCAGAACUGCCAGAUGUUCGUGAAGAAGCCCCUUGAGAACCAGCAGUGCAUCGUCACUGCAUCGGGACGCGGCGAGCGCCGCUCUGCCUCUGCCAUCAUCCUCCAGAACUGCACCAUCUCGGCCGACCCUGCCUACUACCCCCUGCGGAACAUCAACAAGGCGUACCUCGGCCGCCCGUGGAAGAGCUACUCAAGGACGAUCAUCAUGCAGUCCCAGAUUGACGACCUGAUCCAGCCGCAAGGGUGGUUGGCAUGGAUGGGCGACUUCGCGCUCAGCACGUGCUUCUACGCGGAGUAUGGGAACAGAGGGGCCGGCUCGGCUACGACGGACAGAGUGAAGUGGCGCGGAAUCAAGAGCAUGACCGCGCAGCACAUCAAAGACUUCACGCCGAAGGUCUUCUACAAGGGCGACGCUUGGAUCACCGCCACCGGAGUGCCUUACAGUCCAAGCAUGAUGACGGUUUAAAAUGGAGGCAAACCAAGAAGUAGAUUUGAUUGCUCUUAUCAGAUGUAGUCGUAGCUGUUUAUGAAUGUUUUUUGGAGGGGAAGCUGACUCCUGCAUUUCAGCUUUUCAAAUUUUUUUUUUUUGGGGCAAGAGAAGGGAGGCAUUGUUAUGUGUUUGACAUAUAUGCCAGAGAUUCCUUCAUAAAAGCUCAAUUAGAGAGACUUGA